GUGGUAUUCAUGAAUGCCCUCGCGAAGAAGCGCGGUUCUGCACGGGGAGAAGUGUAGCUAUCUAGUACACAACUUUAAGCGCGAUUGAUACCUUAUUUCGUGUUGUUUUCGGCAGUGUUUAUGUACUGUACUCAUAUGGUUUUCUAAUCGGCUGUGAUCUACUUGAAUACCGUCUUGCGAAAUCGCUUCUUAUUUCAACCUACCGCUAAAAUAAACUAGCUAACGUUAGCUUGCUAGCUACUAUGUCGGGAGGCGUCGUGCGAGGCCCUGCAGGAAAUAACGAUUGUCGAAUUUACGUCGGAAAUCUACCCCCUGAUAUUCGCACCAAAGAUGUCGAGGACGUGUUCUACAAAUACGGAGCUAUUCGAGACAUCGAUUUGAAAAAUCGGAGAGGAGGACCUCCCUUUGCCUUUAUCGAAUUUGAAGAUCCCAGGUAGCUAAAGGCUAGCUUGUUAGCAACUCGUGCACUGCUCUAACGUUAGUUAGCCAUCUGCUCAUGCGACAUUGUGUCGUGAAUCGACUUUGUUUGCACGUGUAACUAACGUAACUAGCUAUUCUCAUUUUAAAAAUGUACAGUAACGUCAAUUGGCUUGAUAGCUAGUUGCUUCCCUUUCUGCAAUUACACAUUGAGUGAAGGUCUCUUUGUUUGUGGCUAGCCGACUUAUCUCCACGAUUUAUCAUCGUAAAUCGUUGAGUUUAGCAGGCUAACUAACAUAGAUUAUGCUAACGAAGCACACCGCAGAGUACUGUGUGGACGAUUGUUUAGCUAGUAUUUUCUAUGAUCACUCUUUCAGGGAUGCAGACGAUGCCGUGUACGGACGAGACGGCUAUGACUACGACGGUUAUCGGCUGCGAGUUGAAUUCCCUCGGAGCGGCAGGGGUGGGGGGAGAGGCGGCUUUGGUGGUGGUGGUGGUGGUGGGGGGGUUGGUGGCGCCCCUAGAGGCAGAUACGGGCCGCCAUCCAGACGCUCCGAGUACAGGGUCAUUGUCUCAGGUGAGUCGUGUAACUAGGGUGUUAGGGGUCAAAAUGAAACUGUGGUUCUGGUGUUAUACUUUGUAUUACAUGUUAAAGAGAAGCUUCUCAGGAACACAUUAUUUUAUGAGGUUUCGAUUUACCAUGGCUGAGAUCUCAUUUACAAGUGAUCGAAAAAGAUCGCGAACUGGUCAAUGUUAAUCCCAAAUCAAUAAUGUCACCAAAUCCACCUGUCUGGAGUCUUAAUUUCAACACGAUUUGGCCAAUAUAAGAAGAUGGGGUGGUCAUUUUGUAAUUAUAUUUUCAGGGCUGAUGUAGAACAGUUGAUUCAAAUAAAAGUUAAAUGUAUUAAAUUAAACCGCAAUAUUAUGCAAACGAGGCAGUACGGAAUACAUAAUUAGAUACUUAAAACCAAUGGUUAAGGUAGGGGUCGUCAUAUUAACAAAUCUUAGUGCUUUAUGCAAAACUGAGUUUAACAAUUUAAUAUAUUAGAAACAACUUUUUAUACGACUUUAUGCAAAUUAGGUACUUAAUACGCUAAUAUGUGCGGAUUAAAAUAAAAACGGGGUGUUAAGCCCAUUCAUUUAAAGUAAGGAGGUCAUAUUGUUAACAUAUAUUGAUGUUUUUUGCUGAACUGGGAGGUUGUAACAAUUUCAUAAAGCAAUACUAAAUAAUGAAUUAUGCAAAUUCUCUAAUUGUAACGUUCCAAUGGGGAAAAAAAUUAAGCUUCUGCUCUUGCACCUUUUAAAGAUAUACACACCAAAGUAACUGUUUUUGUUUUUUGCAGUCAAGCGGAUCUCUCUUUCAACAGGCACAGUAAUAGUUAAAUGGGCUUGGUAUACUGCAGUUCGCAAUUCUGCCUAUAACACUUCAUGUGCUGUUACCGUAAUAUCUGCAGAUAUAGCCUAAUCAACGCCACCUUCUCAAAGACAUCAGGAAGUGGAGCCUUCCCACUAGCAGAUUCGACCGUUUUUUGUCUGGGCUUUAAGACCAGAAAAAUAGAGCCCCCUCCUCACAUGCACACACGCACAUCAAUUUAGGCGGCGCUCUCUAAUCAAAUAUCAGUAUGUCGGUGCAUUAAUAUGGUACACAGUGCAGCAAGGGUGACGUAUAUAGUCAUACGUGUGCAGUAACAGUGCAAACAUGACAAGCAAUAGCAGCAUUGGUAACAGGUCAUAUACAUAUGUGCAGGAGAAUAAAUAAAAUAGAAUAGAUAGUGUACAGUGCUGUAUGCUUUAGCAAUAAAGAAUGUUUACACUAUGGAGUAAGGUGCCGCCCAUGCACACUCACAGAGCACCAACACACUUACACAGCCAAACACACAGACUUCUCAGAAUCCCCACCACAGCCUAACACAUAUACACACGUCUCACUAAGUCUGAACAGUAACACAGAAGGCUACAGUACUAGUCUAAUAACAUGGCUUACUUCUAAGGUAGGCCAACACCUGAGUUUGUUUACAUUGUAAUGUUUGGUGUUGAUGAGUUACUAUAGUGAUGGGAGGAUAAAUUGCACCGUUUCCAGCAAAUAAUUAGCUUAGGCUGAGACAGUGAGCUGCCUGUUGUCCACCUGCACAACUAGAUGGAUGGGACACAUUUCCAAUUCACUGGUGUUUAGCUAUGUUUUUAUCGAUUGCAGGGCUGUAGCCACUGAAUUCUGGUAGUUUACACUUAAAAUAAUAAAACCUUGCAAUUCGUACAAUGUUACAUCAUACAAUACCUUACGAAUUGCAAUUCAUACAAUAUCUUACGAAUUUGCGAAAUGUACAGUAUGUUAAGAAUUUGCGAAAUGUAUGAUAUCUUACGAAUUCCAAUAUGUUGUUGCUAACAUUGGCUAGGUGGCUAACGUUAGCUAGCUCAAGGGGUUAUGGUUAGGAGUUAGGUUAAAGGGUUAGGGGAAGGGUUAGCUAACAUGCUAAGUAUACUGAACAAAAAUAUAAAUGCAACAAUUUCUAAGAUUUUACUGAGUUACAGUUCAUAUAAGGAAAUCAAGUCAAUUUAAAUACAUUUAAUUUUAGGCCCUAAUCUAUUAAUUUCACAUGUCUGGGCAAAGGCCCACCCACUCAGAAUGAAUUUUUCCCCACAAAAGAGCUUUAUUACAGAUAGAUACUCAGUUUCAUCAGCGGUCCAGGUGGCAGGUCUCAGACGAUCCCGCAGGUGAAGAAGCCGGAUGUGGAGGUCCUGGGCUGGCUUGAUUACAGGUGGUCUGCUGUUGUGAGGCCGGUUAAACGUACUGCCAAAUUCUCUACAACGAGGCUGCUUAUGGUAGAGAAAUUAACAUUACGUUCUCUGGCAACAGCUCUGGUGGACAUUCCUGUAGUCAGAUUGCCAAUUGCACGCUCCCUUAAAACUUGAGACAUCUAUGGCAUUGUGUUGUGUGACAAAACUGCACAUUUUAGUGGCCUUUUGUCCCCAGCACAAGGUGCACCUGUGUAAUGAUCAUGCUGUUUAAUCAGCUUCUUGGUAUGCCACACCUGAUAGGUGGAUGGAUUAUCUUUUUCAAAGAAGAAAUGGUCACUAACAGGGAUGUAAACAAAUUUCAGCGAAAUAAGCUUUUUGUGCAUAUUGAACAUUUCUGGGAACCUUUAUUUCAGCUCAUGAAACUUGGGACCAACACUACAUGUUGUGUUUAUAUUUUUGUUCAGUAUAUUUGCAAAGUAGCUAAAAAGUAGUAAGUAGUUGCUAAUUUUCUAAAAUGUUAAAGUUGUUCGUGAUGAGAUUCAAACACGCAACCUUUGGGUUGCUAGAUGUUUGCGUUAUACGCCCACCCAUCCACCACGACUAAGCACUCUCCUUUCGGUUAUGCCUUAAGAACCUUCCAUCUUAUGUAACUAUACCAAACGUAACAUAUCAUACUAAUUUGAGUGUCCCGGAUAUACAUUUACUAUGUUACGUCUGGUCUGAGACCAUUCUGGAACAACAGAAGGGGAAGGAAAAAUGUUUUACCUUAAAUUUCAGACUUUACAUUUGGGCUCAUAUCACUUAAAUAUCAUAACUUACAGUAUUGUGAUUUUUAGACAUGGUUAAGAACUUCCAGAUUCAUGUUUCAAAGUUAUUUAUAUAUCUUGACAAGCACAUUGUUGACAUUUAGUGAAGAUGUAUUUGAUUAUUGCAGUUUUUUGUAGAAUUCUUGCAUAGUAGUCCCGUGUAGCUCAGUUGGUAGAGCAUGGCGCUUGCAGCGCCAGGGUUGUGGGUUCGAUUCCCACAGGGGACCAGUAUGAAAAUGUAUGCACUCACUCUGGAUAAGAGCGUCUGCUAAAUGACUAAAAUGUAAAUGUAAUAGUGUCUAUUGUUUAUUGCAUCACUUAACACCCUAGUGUAAUGUGGGUUGGGUUUAUAUACAUCAUUGGUUGCACUGCACGCCACCAGGUUGACCUACCGCACUGUGCAAACGGUAACUUACCAGUCUUUAAUAUUUCAAUGACACUGUGCUGGUGGUCUUCUCUAUUUCACUAACAAACAGACUACCUGUGUUACCGUCUGAUUAACUUAACGUAGCAGGCGUAAAAAAAUAAACGCAUGAAACUAGGUCCCCUGUAUACUUGGCUGUGUUCAGUACGUUUUUACAUUCUGGAACAAUACAUUUAACGGAAACGGUGCUGUACUGAACGGCCAGUUGAAAAACUGGGAGGUGUUGGAACGCUGUCAACAUGGCCACUGCCCUUUAAAUACUCGCCAUACCCAGCAAACGUAACGCAAAAUCUGUUCAAGAAUGUAGCAAACGUUGAAGCAAACUGAACGCACCUCAGGUCUUGAUGAGAAGGAAAAUAAACUGUCGGGGGAGGUUCUCUUCUGCACUGUUCAACCAAUCCAGUAAAUGUGGUUAAGAUGGAGGGCCGCCUUGUUAAAGUUCCAAAAGCGCAAGUCGUGUCAUAGGUGCUCUUUCCAUUUCCCCUGAAAACUGGAACAUCAGAUUUUUGGGUACUCUGUAGAGGCUACCGUCUGAUUGGAUAGUUCCCUUUUCACCAGACAGAAGCGCUGGUCUUUUUUUGGACCGCUAAAUAUUGAUGGUUAUUUCAUAUCCAUGUCUUCCACAUUAGUUCAUUGUUUCUGGUGGGGUAGAACCAGCCUGGUUUAGUUAGUCUCUGUGCAGAAUCUGAAUUAUACUGCUAUGCCACAGAUCUAUUGAGCAAGUUUGUACCAUUGAGUAAAGUGUUGAAAGUAAUCACUGAGUAAAACAACUCAUUUAUUUGCUCUUCUCUCCAAAGGGCUUCCCCAGAGUGGCAGCUGGCAGGACCUGAAGGAUCACAUGCGUGAGGCUGGGGAUGUAUGUUAUGCUGAUGUUUUCAGAGAUGGAACUGGGGUUGUGGAGUUUGUGCGUAAAGAAGACAUGACCUACGCCGUUCGAAAGCUGGAUAACACCAAAUUCCGAUCACACGAGGUAUGCCUUUAGGUUUAAUUGGAUUUGAUUAUAAGGAUAGGAUGAUAUUUUCAUUAAAGGUAAGUAAAGUGACUACUAAUACUAUUGAAUCUUUCCCCUCAACCUCUCCCCAUUUUCAGUGACUACUUGUGCAGCCUUUCAAGAACUGAAGGCUUGUUUUGAUGCAAUGGAAGGAACCGUUUGAGGUGGAAAUGCUUUUAGUUUCAACGUCUAGUUCUUUUUGUGUGUCUACCAGGGAGAGACCGCUUACGUUCGCGUGAAAGUAGAUGGUCCCCGCAGCCCGAGCUAUGGAAGAUCCCGUUCCAGGAGCCGCAGUCGAAGCAGGAGCCGCAGCGCAGCCAGUCGCAGCCGCAGCAACUCUCGCGGUGGUGGUGCCCGUGGUGGCAGAGGAUCUCCUCGCUACUCUCCUCGCCAUAGCCGCUCUCGCUCCCGUUCCUAAACUCUGUGUUGCCCUUUUGGUGGAUCCCCUGUAAACAUUUCCCCCCUCCACUUGUUUUUACCCCUUUUUGAGUUUUUCAGAUGUCAACUAUAGAUUAGAAUGUGUUGCAUUCCAUCUCCUGAUGUCCUAGUGGAAGGUCUUGGUAUGUAGGUGUAUCCCGUCCUGUCACCUUUCCUCCCUCCCCUGACCGACCCGACUUUUGUGUUUUUGUUUUGAUCCCCUUUCUCAAUUCAUUUUAAUUUACCUGUUGUCUUUCCUCCUCCAUUUUUGCAACAUUUGAAACCCUAUUGCUCUGAACUUCAAAAAUGUUGAUCUUUUAACGAGUUCAAUGUUUUUGUAAGUGUUGGAAAAUGUAUGUACUUUUUCAUGGGAUGGCGGGAGUCUCAUUGCUAAACUGUAUUUUACCCUUGUGUCUUCCUUUAGACAUCUGAAGAUAAGGAUUAAAGAGUGAUUUGGAAUAAAAGUUGUGGAGCACAUUUUCAUUUGUUUGAUCAGGAUAGGACAUCUUAGGAGGAGUCAGGUCGAGGCAAUGGUAUGCUUUAGUAUUGAUUAUUUGCAUCUAUUGAUAAAAUGGUUGCUACAGGAUGCAUGAUUCUCUUGAAUGUAGCACAAUUUUUUAUAUAUAUAUGAUAUCAAAAAUUGUGUGUAUGUGUGUGUGUAUAUAUAUAUAUAUAUAUAUAUAUAUAUAUAUAUAUAUAUAUAUAUAUAUAUAUAUAUAUAUAUACACACCUGCCCUAUCUAUUGUUUGGCAACCUUUCUAGCACUGAUAAACACAGUGCAUGUCUUUGGUUUUGUGCCAGGACAAAGGUCCUUCUUAGGUGUACCUUUUUACUUUAAUCCUACAUAAGAACCAUUUUAUAUAUUUUUUAUAGAUGCUGUUUUAAUAUUAGACAGGGGCUCUGGGCUUGUUUCAGCUCAAACGUUGAGAAAUAUUAGACAUUUUCUAAACUCUGAAUUUGAUGGUUUGGGUGCUCGCUGACAUUUUCAAAUUGAUCUUUAGUAGUGACAUGUCAUGAGUGCACAAAAUAAGACGUGGGCUUGGCCCAAAUCAGACAUGAUUCUAAUGGUUUCCCUCUGGUUUUUUUUUCUCCUGGUAUUUCAAGGUUUUGAUUGGAGGAGUGGCUCAGUGGAUCCCAAUCCUUGGAGCCGGAUCAGAGGAGCAUUUAGGGAAGGGAUAGGCAAGGAUGGAUGCUUGGAGCCGGAUCAGAGGAGCAUUUAGGGAAGGGAUAGGCAAGAAUGGAUGCUUGGAGCGGGAUCCAUUUUCCAGGAUUCAAAUCAAUUGAACUAAUUAAGGAAUCCUAGAUGCAACUUUUUGAAUGGCCCAGUUUAUUUCAAUUUUUGAGCGGUAAAUUUGCGCAGAGUCAAAGGAUAAGGAUUAUUUACGUUUUUUGGAGUAAGAAAAUGAAACUGAGGACCAGGAAGUUGGAUCAAAGGAUGCAAGGAGUCGUAGGAGUCUGGUA